AGGGGAGCAUCCGGCCGUGCCAGAGAUGUGCCAGCCCCGGGCGCUGCCAGCCCUGCUGCUCCUGCUCUGCUGCCCCUGGGGCAGUGCCAGUGCCCUGCGGGGUCAGAUCGUGGGGGGCCACGAGGCGCGGCCGCACUCCCACCCGUACAUGGCGUUCCUGAAGAUAGCCGAGCUGGGGAGCUGUGGGGGCUUCCUGGUGGCCCCUGACUGGGUGAUGUCAGCUGCACACUGCAUGGGGAAUAUCACAGUCAUCCUGGGAGCUCACAACAUCCACGAACCAGAAAAAACCCAGCAGGUCCGGGGCGUCCUCAAGUACCACGAGCACCCCGAAUACGACCCCGACACGAUGGAAAACGACAUCAUGCUGCUCCAGCUAACCUCGAAGGCCACUCUCAAUGAGUACAUCCAGACCGUCCCACUGCCCAAGACCGGCAGCGACCUCCCCACGGGCACCAAGUGCACCAUCGCCGGCUGGGGCCUCAUCGACGAGGACAGGGCCACCAACAAACUCUUCGAGACCAAAGUCUCCAUCUACAGCCGCAGGAAAUGCGUCCUCUUCUACCCACACCUUGAUUCUGGCAUGGUCUGCGCUGGCAGCUUCCACCAGCUGAAGGAUUCCAGCCAGGGGGAUUCUGGCGGGCCCCUGGUAUGCAAUAAAGUGGCACAAGGCAUCGUCUCCUUUGGCUACGACUCCCCGCCCGGGGUCUACACCCGCAUCUCCAACUACCUGCCCUGGAUCAAAAAAGUCAUGAAGAAGUAGCGGCAGUGGCGGCAUUUUCUCCAGCUCUGGCGUGGCCCUGGAGACUGCAACAGCUUCGUUCCUGCCCCUGCCGGAGGCUCAGCUCCCUCCUGUGUCCUCGGGAACCCAAGUGACUCCAUCAGUGCACUUGAGAUUCCCCUUCCUUCUGUUCCGAGGCUGCCCCCUGUCCCGUUCCCUGCCCGUCUCAGGGCUGUGUUAAAUCACCCUGGCAGAAGCAGAGACAGCCUCAGAUGGCACGGAAAGAUGGCACAACAGACCCCACUUCCUUCAGAGAUAACCCUGUUCCUGCUUGAACCUUGCUGCACUUAAAGCACCCACAGUAAACUCGGAGCUGCAUCUCCCA